AUGUCAAUUAUGUAACACAAUCGUUGGCAAGGUGUCUAACAGAUAUGUGACAAGAAAAAUGUGUGAUGUACAAUGCAUACACUUUUUUAUUUUGAUCGAAAAUACAAUUCUAAAUGUACAAUUCUGAUUGAAAAUUCUGGAGGGCAAUCUUCCUAAAUGCACAAUUCUGAUUGAGAGGCCCAUCUUCCUAAAUGUACAAUUCUCAUUGUAAACAAUACCAACUUGCUUCUCGUGAUGACUACUGAGUAUCCUCCACUUGCCAUUGCAAUUUAAACUGAAUCUGUGCUCCCUUCUAAAACUUUGUCACAGCUUCAAGCAGAAUAACAUUAGGAAUCUGCACUUGUAACCAAACAGGAAUUUGUACAACAGAAAUGGUACUGUCAAAUGGCUUUACAAGAGAAAGCUUGGCUUGAAAGCUAAUUGCUACUGGACUAAGCAUAGAAGCUACUUGAAAUGGUCCAGUAUCAUUAUAAAUCUCCACUUGAGUCCAAAGUUGAACUAAAAUUUGACUGCAAGAGUGCAAGUCAUAACUUUAACCAAUCCAAUCCUAAUCAGAUGUGCUUUCACAAAUUCAACAUUUCUUCUCUCCAUGUUAAUCUAUCCACUCAAUCCCCUUGGAUUCACCUAGUAAGCAGAGUACAUUCAAAGCGCAAGGCCAGACAUUUAACAAAAAAAACAUCCAUCUUAACCACACGUUUUAAGAGCCAAAACGCAGACAGGCAUUUUCCUUUAGAAAUUUGUUUUAACAGAAUCCAAGCAAUUGUAGCAGCAAAGACCAAAGAGGAUUUCUUAAAGAAGAAAAUCCAACUCCAAACACACUGAAAUAUUAAAAAGUGAAAAUGUGCUUCUCAUGGCCUAUCCCAAGAGAUAAUAGCAGAGACUCCGCUACUCAAGGCGAUAGGAUAUGAGACUGCCCAUUCUACUAGUCAUUCCCGAGAGAAAGACCAUACGAGGACUUUAUUUGUGAUGAUAUUUUUUACCCCUGGAUUAUGCAUGCACUGGUUUAGCAAGCCCCAAUUCACGGGAAUAAUCACAUUUCAAGAUACUCCUAAUUCAUAGAAAAUCUAUGUUUUGAAACGAUAAUAAAAAGACUAGUAAAACAGAUUAUGUUAACAGAUUUGUUAAACUACUACUGACAGAAAUCAUUAAUAUUUGUCUACAAAGCAUUUCACGAUUUGCCCAUUCAAUAGUAACAAAGCAUUGUCUACUACUGACAAAAAUCAUUAAGAUUACAUCACACUUCACCAUACUCCUACUUCAUUACAAAGCAUUUUAUUGUACAAGAAAAUUCUAAACGGAUAAGAUAUUUUCCAUCAAAUUGUAAACGGAUAAGAUACUUUCCAUCAAAUUGUAAACGGAUAAGACACUUUCCCUCACGAAAACAGUGAGGGAAGGUAGAGGAAAACGUCUGAGAUUACCAAGGGCCCGACCUUUUAACAUUUAAAUCUUCUCUGAAUUAACUAGUGUGAAGCAGCCAAGCAGGUCUUGAUUAAGCUCUACAACAAUGAGUGAAGCUGGAAGAAGGAACUUUAGUAAAUUGUGGAUUUGGAGAGCCCAAAACAUAGUCAAACAUCUUUCUUUUGACUGAAAGAAGAUUAAAUGCUUGAAUUCAUAAAGUUAGGUGUAGCAGUUGGACAAAAAAGCAAACCACGUCUAACGAGAUGACAACUGCGUGGAUUUAUCAAAAACUGUACAUAACAUGACCGAAAACGCCUUUAAAACAUAAAUAGCAUUAAAAAGGUUUUAUGAGAGCCUCAGAAUUGCAGAAUUACAGCAAGGCCUUAUGGGCCAUUCAGUCCCGAAAGAUGGUGUAAUUUAAAAGUGAUUUCCUCAUCGGCUUAUUAUAAAAAUUGAGGAUAUUCACACAAAACUCAAAUGUACAAAAAGAAAUACUUAUAAUGUACUUCUCAUGGCCAAUCCCAAGAGGUAAUUGCAGAGACUCCGCUCCUCAAGGCGAUAGGAUAUGAGACUGCCGAAUCUACUGGUCCUCCCCGAGAGAAAGACCUAAAGAGAGGGCUUUAUUUGUGAUGAAAAUUUAUACCACUGGAUUAUGCAAGCAUUGAUUAAGCAUGCCCCAGUUCAUAGGUAUCAUCACUUUAAACAAAAUUCCUAAAACAAUACGGAUGGGAAGAAUAACUACAUUAAGAAAGACAUCAGUUCUCCAAGGUGAUUAAUUCAUCAUAGUGUAAUCAGGCGCAAAUUACCCAUUAAUCAUGAAAUUCGUCAUUUGCCAUUUUCUCACACAUUUUUGUACAAAAGUUAAUUGUGCUCAGAACUUCUUAGAGGGUUUGUGAUACCAUCAUCAACAUAAAUGCCUCCAGCACAAAAAAAUAUGUUCUUCACGGCACAUUGAUAAACAAAACAAAAAAUAACACGAAAAAUUACCACAAACGUCGAAGGAACUCAUAUUAUGGGUGGUGAUAUAACAGGAUAGUCGUCAAGGUGUUUAAGAACCAUUAGGACGAACGAGACCAAAAUGAAAUACUCAUCAUCGUCCCUCGAAAACAAAAAGGAAAACCACCAACAAUUUUCUGUUAGAUACAUCUAUACACAAAAUACAGAUUCAAUUUGCAACUCAGAGAGCCUCAGAAUAAAAUAAAGCGCAAUGAGAUUUAAAUCAUCCAAUAUCAUAAUUACCCAUUGUAAAAUCAUCGGCGUCUGAAACUAUGCCCAAAUAGUAGCCUAAGUUUCGUCAAAACCGGUGGGAAUUGACAGAAGAUCGGAAAGUGAUAGAGGUUGAAAGAACUUAAACAAUCAUGGCCUCAUAGAGAAGAUUAGGUUAAUCAACACAGAUAAUUCAGCCAUAUGCUUGUCUAUAAUAUAUAUUUAAUCAUCGGCCAUGAAUCGCAAGAAAAAUAGAACUGCAAAUAGCGUUAAACAAAAACAGCUAGUAAAGAUUAGUGAAAUUGAGAAGAG